AUGGGAAACGAUCCCGGAACUGACAGCCCUGCAUUCCCGCGUCGGCCGUCCCGGAAAAUCUCAGAAAGCGAAGAGGACGAUGGCUUUUUAGAGAUUAUGAACGGCCCGGAGAGCGCUAACGAUGACGAGAUGCCGUCGGACAUGUCGAGCCUCUGGACCGCCCCGCUGGUGGUCUCCAAGGGGGAAGACCUGCCGAGUCCCUCCUCUUCCUCUUUGGAGAUCGGCAACGUUUUGGACCGGGACCAGAGAGAGCUGAUUGGAGAUUUCUCAAAGGCGUACCUGUUCCACACCGUCGACGGCAAACAUCAGGACCUGAAAUACAUCGAUCCGGAAAUGAUCGUGGCCGUCCUGAACGGCAGCUUCUCCGUCUCCCUGAAACGGUGCCUGAUCAUCGACUGCCGGUUUCCCUACGAGUACGAAGGGGGUCACAUCAAGGGCGCCGUCAACCUUCCCAUGGAGGAAGACGUGGAAGACUAUCUGCUGAAGACGCCCGUGGCCUCCUCCGGCGGCCGGCGGGUGGUGGUCGUCUUCCACUGCGAGUUCUCCUCCGAGCGGGCCCCCCGGAUGUGCCGAUUUGUCAGGGAACGAGACCGGCUCGGCAACCAGUAUCCCAGCCUGCACUACCCAGAGCUCUACAUCCUCAAAGGGGGUUACAAGGACUUCUUUCUCAAAUGCAAG